AUGGCUCCACCACUGAAGACUGGCAAGCGCAAUUACUCUUAUUCUUUUGUGAAUCCUAAUCUGAAGUCUGUUGAGUGUUUGGCAAAGAAGAUCACACCGGAUGAGUUAACCAAUUUCCGAGAAAAAUAUGGGUACAUUCUGAGCCUCCUCAAGAUGCCAUUCACCAAGGAUGAGCAAGAGGGAGUUCACACUUUGCUUCAGUUCUAUCAUCCUUCCCUCCGUUGUUUCGCAUUCACUGAUUAUCUUUUGGCUCCUACCUUGGAAGAGUAUUCGUCAUUCCUUGGCAUUCCUGUUGGGAAAGAGGUACCUUAUUAUAGCGCCAUGAAGGCCCCUGAUUCCAUUGAAAUUGCUAAGGCUCUUUAUUUGAGCAAGUCAGUCGUGGAAGCAAAUCUCACCAAGAAAGGAGGUUGUCAUGGUUUUCGUAUGGAGUUCUUGGUUAAAAGAGGUUGUGAUGCUGCUGAAGCCAAUGAAUGGGACACUUUUAGAGCUAUUCUGGCUCUAGGUAUCUAUGGUAUUGUGAUGUUCGCAAAUGUACCUGACUUUGUUGAUAUGAAUGCCAUCCACAUAUUCAUUCUGCAGAACCCCAUUCCUACGCUUCUGGGGGAUGUUUAUCAUUCCGUUCAUCAUCGUAAUGAGCAGAAAGGAGGUUUGGUUAGAUUCUGUGCUCCGCUGCUAUACCGUUGGUUCAGAUCACAUUUGCCGGAACGUGGAGCUUUUGUUGAUAGUAGGCACACAUCCAGAUGGGCUGAGAGGAUUAUGGGCUUAGAGCUAAGGACAUUGUCUGGUACAACCGAUCCUUGGACCAUAUGGAAGUUGUUAUGA